AUGAAAGAUGAUAAGGAAAGAAUUCUUCUUUUGGCGCAGCCCAUCUCAGCAAAGGAAACCAGAAAUAAUAUCCCGCUAAAUCAACCCCACAAAUGUGGUUCUUUGAAAAUAUUUUUCCUUCCUGUCCUUUCUCCCACCCUCUAUAACUUACUAUCCUUCCCUAUCCCUGCCCCUGUCACUGGCCCCGACCUCCUCAUAGUCUUCAAAGUCUUCUCUCUUGGUGUGAAAACUACUUUUCUUUUUCUUUCAGAUGCACUUUCACUGAAAGGAAAAAAGCUGGAUUUUUAUGGAAGAGGCGACACAUAUGUAAGCCUGAAUGACACGAUCCCUGAACUCAGUCGAUUCACGGUGUGCAUUGACUUGAUAUCCAGGAGUGACAACUCGAGUAAUUGGAUAGCCUUCUCCUACAUGACUAAUAACACCUUGUUGGGCAGAGAAGACAUAGACCUUGGACUUGCAGGAGACCACCAGCAAAUAAUACUCUACAACUUGGGCAAGAUCUUUUCUGUCCGUUACCACCUGACUCCAUUUCAAUGGCAUACCGUGUGCUUGAUAUGGGACGGUGUGAAGGGUAUGCUAGAGCUCUUUCUCAAUAAAGAAAGGCUACUGGUAAUGAUGGAUCAACCACAAAACCUGACAGCUAAUGGGACUUUAGUCCUCGGGCACUUGCCUGCAAACAGGAACGGCCAUGCUACAAGUGUGGUGCCUAGCUUCACCGGCAGCUUAUGCUACUUUCAACUUUGGGACCACAUUCUGGAAAAUGAAGAAUUUAUGAAGUGUUUAGAUGGAAAUGUAGUUAGUUGGAAAGAAGAUGCUUGGCUCGUCAACAAUAUGAUUCCGACUGUUGAUAAGACACUGCGCUGCUUCGUUUCUGAUAAUAUAACAACCCCAGGAACAAGUACAACUCUUUCGCAACAGACAGAUUUCACAACUCCAUCACAAAUUACUGGACUAAACCUAGAAAAGACUGUAGAUUCCUCUACCGUGGUCUCUAAUAGUAAUCCUGUGUUUGAAACUAGUUGUACAACUGUAUCAUAUUCCAAUAUAACAUCUCCACCUCUGGAAACAAUGACUGCAUCAAAAAAUUUUCCAUCUAUAGCUGAGACAUCUGCAUUAGCAGCAGAUAUUUUGUCUACGUCAGCAGCCGUUACACCACCUACAAAGAGUACAUCCAAAAUCACUACUAAAAAUUCCAUGAAAACAAGUAAAUUCCUAUCGUCAGAAAAGACAAUGACAACAAAAAUGGCAGAAUCCCUUACUUCUGAGACCUUUAAUCCAACGACAGCUACUUCUUUUCUAUACACAUCUGGAUUCCCCAAGAAUUCUGUUGUAUCUAAAACUUCAUCAACUAGAUUUCAGACAGCUUUUAUGAAGACAACAACUCUUUUCUCAUCAAUUGAAUCAACUUCUGUGCCUACAACAUCCACAGCUAUUGGGACACGCCCCUUCUCCACAGCUGGUCAUGCAUUUCUUCCAUCUUCAGCUGCUGGAACUGUACCAUGGUCUACAGUGGAACAGGUGUUAGCUACAACUGCUCACAUUGGGACUGCAUCAGUAUUCCCACCUGAGACUGAGCUCAUGUCCACAGCUGCUCCAGUGGACUCUGUGUUUACUAGAAAUCAGCCUGCAUCUACAGUUCACCCAGUGAUUCUUUCAACUAGGCCCACUGAGACGAAAACUGGCCCAAGAACAACUGUAACGGAUUUGGCAUCUACAAAUUUCCAGACUGGCUCUUCACCCAGUGUGGAGGAUGCCAUAUCUACCUCUGUGACGAAAGAGGCCUCGUCCAUAGCCCUUUCUUUCAGGACAUCCACUUUGCUCACGGGAGCUCAGAGUGUCCGGACAGUUCCUGAUGCUGAGACCGCAAUGACAGUCUUAAUGCCUGGAAUCACACUUGCACCUAUAGUGACUGAAACCAUUGCCGUCCCAACAUUCACAGGGCCAAUAUAUACACAGAACGUGACCACAGCAGGUGAAAGCAUGCUUCCUUUGAAUUCUACUAGAUCAGCUUCCACAGCCAAGGCGCUGGAGUUAGGCCCUACAACUCUAACUGAUGAAACGACUCAUGCAUUGUUCACUAAUGAGACCACUUGGACUUCUGGGCCAGACCAGAAUCUUUUGACAUCGAUAGAUGAGAGCACCAUAUUUACAUUUACGCCUAAUGAAAAUUUCACAUCAUCAUUCCGUGGGAGUACUUCUAAUGCGGAAAAUUCAUUGACAACAGUUAAUAUUAUCACUCCACCAAACACAUUCACAGAAAGUGAGGCUGCUACGGCUGCUGAUGCUGUUAUUACUACUGCAGCCAGAUAUACAACAGUUCUAUCCAAGUUGACAUCUCCGUGGUUUGCUGACUUAUCCACAAUUUCUGGAGCCACGUCUGUACCCAAACCAUCUGAGUCUAAAGCGACCACCUUACAAUCCAAAACCACCCCUGUGUUCACAGUAGCCACAAAUGAGCUUCGUUCUACACCGAGGGAAACAGUUCCACCAGAAGAUAUGAAAUCUACCCUUGCUGAUAUUGAAUCAUAUUUUCCUACUGAGAAGCCUUCUGAGACCACACAAACAGAAACAAAAAAUGCAAUUCCAUCUGAAGAGACAACAGGCCUUAUUUCAACGUCGGUGACAGCACAACUUCUCAAUGCUACUCUGACAAGGCAAGAAACAACUUCUGGUGAUCUUAAGGACAAGUCAGCUACAGCAGUGACACCUGAGGUUUCUCCAUUUCCCACAAAACUAGAGGCAACGCAUGGAUCUGCACCAAAGGUGACAGCUGCGAUCACCAUUUCCCCUUUUCUGAAUAUCGAAAAAAUUACUACUCCAGUGGACAAUAAAACUGCAACUACCGAAGUUCUAGAAAGUUGGUUUACAACAAAAUCUAUGAAAAGCACAUCUAAGAGUUUGAGUUCAUACAACGGAACUACAGCAAUCUUCCAUUCCACCCACACCUAUACAACACGUUGGACUUCAGAGACUCCACCUGAUGGGAAUUCAGUUCCAUCUCCCACUUCUGGGAACUCACAGACAUUCCCUGACCUCCUGGAUGUUUCUACUCCAAGGAUACUUGGAACCAUUUUCACCACUGCUGCAGACAGUACACCAAUGCCGCCCUGGUCUGCUGGCCCCUUACCUCCACAGCCUACAUCCACCCCUUCCCCAGCAACUCCUGGACCUCUUACCCAUAUGUUCUCAGCGUCAGUUAAUGACUCUACUGUCACCUCUUCGGUGGUAUCUGAUGAGACUAAGGUGACCAUACCUGAGUCCCCAACACUGGCCAGGACUUUCUCCACAUCUGCACUUUCAGAUCCCUUAACUCUUCCAUCAGCUACAGUGAUGACAACAUCAGUGACAAUAUUGGGCCAGACUCCUACGACCAACAAUGCCAUGCCUAGCCACACAGACCCUGUUCUUAUCACUUCAGAAGUGACAGUGACCUCUGUCAAGAUGACACCCAUGACAGUUUCCUCUUUGACAGAAGCUCCAGUCCCUUCACUGAGCCCCCCUACUCCUAUGACAACUAAUGUUGGUAGCACCCUUCCUUCCAUCUCAUCUGACACAGUAACUCCAUCCACACAUCUUCUUACCCAUUCCGCAUCUCUCCCUGACAACAUUCCUGUUGUGUUCUCCACUCGUGUGUUCUCAACUGCAUCGACACCAGCAGCAACCCAACCUACAUCUGAAGUGGUAGAGGCUAUCUUGAGUGGUGGUACAGUUGUUCUUAGCUUGGUGACUGGCACUACAGAAACCUCUGUUAUUGAUGAGACCAUGCCAUCACAUACCUCUACCAACAAGCUUACUACUUCAGUAGACAAUCACAAUUCUCAAUUUUCCACACAUCUUGUAAACACACCUGUUCCCACCCUAUUGAUGAAAGAUACCUCUAUUGUGUCAUCUGACAAAGAACAAAUGAUCACCUCCUUGGGAAAUACUCCAAGGACUAUGGAGGCAAUAAAAACGUCCCCAUCAAAGAUUCCUUUUACUUCAUAUUCCCAUGGCACCUCAUCCUUGGAAAUGCCAGAUACAGAAACCAAAACGAUUUCCAGUCACCAAACACAUUCACCUUCAGAGAUUCCACUUGGAACUCUGCCUGAGGGAAGUUCAGCUUUAUAUCCCACUUCUGGAAGCACACCUACUCCACCUCCCUCGACCUCACAUAACACAGUAGAUGCUCCCAUUUCAGAAAUGUCUGCCAGUGCUGGGGACACCACUCUCCUUUCACUAGCUCAGACAGUCACUGCACUUGCAUCUUCUGAAAAGAAAAACUUGAGUACCCCUUCAGUACACACUCCCCGAUCUGUGGAAAUGACAGUAGGCUCCACUUCUGUAACUCCCCCUGUCUCAUUCCACCAGGACACUUCUUUUGUAGAUACUUCAUCUUACAGGACAAUCACAGUACCCACUUCUAUGAGCAUCGGCACAACUACUUCUCAGCUGCCUUCACUCAGGACUCAACCGCUGGUCACUUCAGUUUUCGCUCCUCUUUAUAAAAGCACACAGACUUCCUCUGGGUCCUUGUCUCUUUCCACAACCGGACUUUCCAAUGUCAACUUCACAGCGAUUUCUAAUGAUGACAAGAACACGACAGUCCUUUCUGUUCCAAAUGUACCGAUGUUUGGGAAAACCUCAAUGGCAACCCCUGUUCCUACCUCCCAGAUGUCCUUCCUGCCAACUAAUGCCACUGCUUUCACUUCCAGAAUUGUUUCUGACACACCCACAAUGCCAAUGGCUAAGCCUUCUGAAACAACACACUCGGGUUGUUUGAAAAGUCCAUCGGUAGUCACUUCGGGGCCGAGAUCUGAGAUCCCCUCCCUGCCAGCUAAGGACUCUACUUCCUCACCUGCAGUGUCUUUUUCUGAUACUUCCACAAUUGAGUCGUUCUCUACCUUAUUAGUUCCACCAGUCCCAAGAACUGCCACGACACCAGAACCGUCUACAGCGGAUGUCAUAGCUGUGACAUACACUUGGCCUACUGCAAAAGACACGAUGGUUUCUCCUGCUUUUACUACUUCCGAAACGACAACGACAUCUUCCGGGAUCACACCUACAUUGGUUUCCUCUCUGAAAAAGUCAAAUUUUCCCUCUGUGAAAACCACCCCAACCACCACUGCCUUUUCUCUACUCAGUUCUGAAAACACUGACGCUGUUUCCUCCGCACCAAUGGCCACAUUGCCACCAAUUCUGUCAACAAGCCAACAACUAUCUAAAGAAGUUGAGACUACAACUCUGAACGUAUUACCUGGGAUGACUGACAUCUCCCGAUCUACUGUGAGCAGUGGUCGAGUGACAGGUCUCACACAUAUUUAUUCCAGCACUAUUGUCCCUGAAAAUAGGCCUUCAUCUCUCCCUUCAGAUAAUAUCCAUACUUCCCUGAAUAGUCAGGUUUCCUCCUCUUUAACUAACUUGAACAGUACUCCGGGACCCACAAGAAGGGCGAAAGUCACCACUUCCCUUUCUUCUGGUACAGGAAAGAUAACUUCCCUGUCAGAAAAUAUUUCUUUAACAGAUGAACUAACAAAAAGUGCCACAUCUGUGAAUACUUCUACUUCGCAUCCUUUGUUGACCCCAUCCAUAGCAACUCCAGUCUCUUUCACACCAUUUUUAAAUUUACCUCAUCGUACUGAAGCUAACUUUUCCACUACAAAGACGUCUCCAGUCCCUACAUCCCAUAUGGUUGAAUUUCCUGUGCAGGGAACAGCAAUAACAUCUAGUAACUCCCAGUCUUUGCUUAAGACUUCCUGGAAUACACCCACAGCUACGGACACUCAAUUUUCAAUUCCCAUCACUGUUCCUACACCUACAUCCAACAAAAAGGACACAGAAAUGCCACCACUUACCCCAGUAUCAUUGUCAACGCUCACAGCCUCUCAAACUGGCCUUGUAUCUGAAGGGGCUACCUCAGAAUCAUCAAUCCGCACCUCUGGAAUUCUGCCAAAUUUGGGGUUCUCUGAGAAUCCUUUAUUGCCAUCUUCUUCAAGUGUUACCCCUCCCCCCUUGCAGCCAUUUGAGAAGACCACUACAGCUUUAACUCCUGGAAUCACACUCCCAAUGGAAUCUUCUGGUGUCAUUGCAGAAUCGACCAUUUCAAAGGCUGCUACUUUACUCAUUCAGACUUGGAUUCCAUUUAGUCUUCCUUCAAGUUCCCCUUUGACAACUGUAUCCCAAACUCCUCAAGCUAUAACUUCCUCUACAGAAGAGCAGUCAAGCUCCACAUUUCUGGCUUCUGACAUGACACCAACACCCUCAUUCACUGACUUGACAACUUUUCCCUUUGCCACUGAAGGCCCUGUCCUCACUAGAACCACUCCCAUACCUACAAUGGCUAGUAUCACAACUGGCUUCCCAGCUUCUCUCCAAAUGUCUACAGAAACCACAGAAGACAAUGUAGACAUUUCUACACCCCCAGGGGCAUCCCCCAGAAACACUGUGCUGGUCAACUCCAGGACUGUGUCUCAACUUCCAUCCUUUAGCAGGAUAAGCAUGUCACCUCUUAUAACUAACUAAAACUCAUCUAUUGGUUCCGUUCCUCUGUCUCGCCCUACAAUAACAUCUUCAUGGGGCAGUGUCCCAGCUGGACCUACAUCCCCUACUGCAGUUCUUUCUGAGCCCACACUGGACUCGCUUCCAAAUAUAGUCACUAUUACUUCCACUGCUACUGACGCCUCAUUUCCACUCAAAUCCACUGGAAUAACACAUCCGUCUACAGCAAUGGUGUCUUCAUUAAUCUCUUCCUCUUAUGAGACAACCUGGCUUGACUCCACACCUUCCUUUCUGUCUAGAGGAACAAUGACUUCAACUAUCGCUGCUGAGUCUACAGUUUCCUUCUACAAUAUUAUAAUGAACUUCUCAGUCACUGAUGGAGAGCCAAGGAUCCUUAUUACCAGUGUAAUAAAUAAAUUUGCGGAAUAUUGGUUGAAUUCUAUAUUUCAGGACAGUGAGUUCGUUCUCGCUAAUUUGGCUACCCAAAUUAAAAACAGAGACACGCUUGAGGAAGAAAUGAUCAUGGACAGAACUAUUUUGGAACAGAGAGAAGGGCAAGGAAUGGAUUAUAUUUCCCGUGUACCAUACAGCUGUGUUUGUCAGGUCAUCGUAAAGGCCAACUCUUCUUUAGCACCUAAUGAAUUGAUCCACAAGAUUAGAAGUAAAAUACAUGGCAAUAUUACCCAUGGAAACUUCACCCAAGAUUAGUUGACUUUAUUAGUAAAGUCUGAAGAUGUUGCAGUAAAAAAACUAGAGCCGGGAAAGUGCAAAGCCGAUGAAACAGUCUCAAAAUUCAAAGGGACCUAUAAGUGGCUAUUAACCAACCCUACUGAGAUCGCCCAAACUAGAUGCAUAAAAAAUGAGGAUGGAAGUGCUACCAGAAUCUGUUCAAUCAGCAUCAGCACUGGCAAAUCUCAGUGGGAAAAACCAAAGUUCAAACAGUGCAAAUUGCUUCAAGGACUUCCCGAUAAGAUUGUGGAUCUUGCCAAUAUUACCAUAAAUGAUGAGAAUGCAGACGAUGUUGCAGUGCACAUUUUAAAUUUGAUAAAUGAAUCCCCACCUCUGGAUGAAGAAGAAAUAAAGAUAAUUGUGUCUAAAGUAUCUGAUAUUUCACAAUGUAAUGAAAUAAGUAUGAACCUAACCCAGAUUAUAUUACAAAUAAUCAAUGCUGUUUUGGGAAAACAUACCGAUUCAGCAUCUGACUUGCAUGAAGUGAGCAUUGAAAUUCUGAGGAUAAUUGAUCGUGCUGGUCACAAAAUGGAAUUUUUUGGGAGGACAGCGAAUCUGACAGUGGCCAGGCUGGCUUUGGCUGUGCUGCGGGUGGACCACACGUUUGAAGGCAUGGCCUUCAGCAUUCGUUCUUAUGAAGAAGGUGCCGACCCUGAGAUUUACCUAGGUGAAGUCCCUCUGGGAAAGACUUUGGCUUCCAUAUAUUUGCCUAAAUCACUGAGGGAGAGAAUUCCUCUUCACAACUUACAGACCAUCUUGUUUAAUUUCUUUGGCCAAACUUCACUCUUCAAGACCAAAAACUUCACUACAGCAUUAAGCACAUACGUUGUGAGUGCCAGCAUUUCAGAUAUGUCCAUUCAAAACUUGGCUGACCCAGUGGUUAUCACUCUGCAGCACAUUGAAGGAAAUCGGCAUGGUCAGUUUCACUGUGCCUUUUGGGAUUUUGGCAAAAACAAUGGCCUAGGUGGAUGGAAUUCAUCAGGCUGUAAAGUCAAUGAAACAAAUGUAAAUUAUACAAUUUGUCAGUGUGACCAUCUCACUCAUUUUGGAGUCUUAAUGGAUUUAUCCAGAUCUACAGUGGAUGAAGUGAAUGAAAGGAUAUUAGUCCUUAUAACAUAUGCUGGAUGUGGAAUCUCCUCCAUUUUCCUGGGAAUUGCAAUCGUAACUUACAUAGUUUUUCAUAAACUUCGAAAAGAUCAUCCGUCCAAAAUCCUGGUCAACUUGUGCACAGCACUCCUGAUGCUAAACAUGGUGUUUCUGGUCAAUUCCUGGUCAGCCUCAUUUCAGAAUGUGGGUCUUUGUAUCACAGCUGCAGUGGCUCUUCAUUACUUCCUGCUCGCCUCCUUGACCUGGAUGGGCCUGGAGGCCGUGCACAUGUAUUUUGCUGUAGUCAAAGUCUUCAACAUAUACAUUCCAAAUUACAUCCUUAAAUUUUGUCUAAUUGGCUGGGGGAUCCCCGCCAUUACCGUGGCAAUCAUACUCAGUGUGAAAAAGGAUUUGUAUGGAACUCUGAGCCCAACGGCUCAGUUUUGUUGGAUUAAAGACGAUUUUAUCUUUUACAUCUCAGUUGUGGCUUAUUUUUGCCUCAUAUUUAUCACGAAUCUCUCCAUGUUCUGCACUGUUCUUAUUCAACUGAAUUCUAUGAAAGUCCAAAGCCAGAAGACUCGACGGAAAAUCAUCCUGCACGACCUAAAAGGCACAACAAGCCUGACUUUCUUACUUGGCCUCACGUGGGGGUUUGCCUUUUUUGCCUGGGGACCUGUAAGGAUCCUCUUCUUGUAUCUUUUUGCCAUUGUUAACACCUUGCAAGGAUUCCUCAUUUUCGUGUUCCACUGCGCGAUGAAGGAGAGCGUGCGGGAGCAGUGGCAGAUACACCUUGGUUGUAGGUGGUUUCACAUGGAUAACUCUUCUGAUGUGAGCAGCAGAUAUGAGCUGAAGGUUGUCUAUAAACAGGAGAGACUGAAGAAAAACUUUGAACACAAAUUGCUGACACCAUCCCUCAAGUCAACAACAACUAAUUCCACUUUCAAAUUUGGGGGCUCCACACAAGGCACUCCUUCAGACAUAAGCUUUCCCAAUGAUGGCUUUGAUGAAGAUUCCUGUUGUUUUUCUUCCUUGGGUUGUGAAACUGUGCCUAACUGUGUGAGAAGAAUAUUGCCCAUGGAAAUCAAAGUGAAUUCCAUUCACAAACAAAGAUUUCUUCAAUAAAUCCCAGCAGAAAUACCACUGACCUUCCCAGUUGGGGGAAAAAAAUCAAAUUUGUGAAGUAAACUGAGCCAGCUUCCUAUUCUAAGUAUUAAUUUGGAAGGGGCA